UUCUUGAGGGGUUGGGCCACGGCCUCAACACCCAGCCGCCGCCGCCGCCCCCGCCCGGCCGUCCCGUCCCCCUUCUUCGCCUUCUCAGUCAAGCUAAAACCUCGCUCCCCUCGUCCAGUCAGAGAGGGCAUGAAACCCUAGGGCGCCCGCCUUCCCUCCGCGAUCUGCCAUUGCGCUCCGCGAUGCAGGCGUCCGCACAUCUCUCCUCCUCCGCCGCCUUCAGGAAAGUGAUCGCGGGUGUCUCUAGCGCCACCACACGGUCGUGCUACCGGACGUCCCGGGGGAAGGCUGAUGCGGCGCCGCUGCCUGCGCAGGAGCCAACACCGAAGGGGCGGAGGAGGAUUACGAUGCAGGAGAGGAAGGCUCUAAUAGUGGAAUUCGUUGAGAAUUAUAGGGCAUCAAAUGAAGGCAAGUUUCCCACUGUAACAAAUACCCGCCAGCAAAUUGGAGGCAGUUAUUACACAGUGCGUGAUGUACUUCAAGAAAUGGUGUAUAAUCAUGCAAAAUUACCACUGGAUAAUCCUAAGCCAGCUCCACUUCAAGAAACAGAUGAAGUCACUAAGCACCCCAUGCAAAGGGAUGAAGACAGAGUGCUUGAAAGUCAUGAAAUACUAGAAGUUCCUGACCAGUCCAUGGCCGAGGAUGAUGCUGAAGUGGGUCAACGUCAAGGAACAGCUGAAGUUUAUGAGAACUUCUUACCUAAGGAUGAAGGUAAGGUGGAUCAGUUUCAAGGAAGAGAGAGUGAGAGCUUUAAGGACAACCCAAAGCUUGAGGAAUCCGCAAACACAGGUCUUUUGGGCAGCCUGAAAUCUUUUGCUUAUGGCAUCAGAGACUUCUGGAAAAAUAUGUAAAUCUGUCUUUGUUUUUGGCGGUGACCUAACACGCUUGGAGCCCCCCUCGUCCUCGUGGCUUCAUCAAUUUCUAAGACUGGACCAAAUUGAGAAGGCUACAGAAUUGAUACCUUGUCCCUUUGUUAAGCGUUUGCGAUACUGGAUCAACUUGUAAAGUUUUUUUUAUGUCACAACUAAUGGUCAAGCUCCUGCUAUGACGCUUUGAUGAAGCUAGAUAGGACAUAGGAGUAUUAGCACUGCCCCUGUUGACUGCUGUGCCCCAAGUUCACAUGGUAUUGAAGUGUUGGUGUAACUUAUUGUUUUUGUCAAUUGUUGAGCACACAUUGAACGUUGGCGCAAAUUUUAUGCCUCAUCAGCUUACUUUA